UUAAACUUUUAAAGAGAGAGCAUUCUGAAAUUAAUAAGGCGCUAUUGCAUUUUAUUCAAUUCAAAAUGAAAACGAUCUUAGUAAUUACAUUCCUGUGCAUUCACGAGGCAGCCUCUAACUAUUGCUAUUGGAACACAGGAUGUCCUUAUAAAUACUUUUCUACUGAAACGGCAUACAAUUCUGUGCGAGGCGACAUCAGAGAUUCCGUUAUUAAAUUAACAGGAUGCAAUCCUGUCAGCAUAUGGGGCAUGUACCGUCAUGGAAAAAGAAAACCAAGCUCCCACUUCAGUGAAAAAAUUAAAGCAGCACUACCCAUUCGAAACUACGUCGUAGAAAGCUACGAGAACGGUCACAGUUCGCUUUGUGCUCAGGAUGUUGACAACCUCCGGGAUUGGAAAUUCGAUAGCAAAUUCUUUGAUGGCGUAAUAGAUAUUACGGAGGAAGGUCGACAAGAAAUGACCCGUAUUGGUAAUCGUUUGAAAGAAACAUUUCCGAGCCUAUUGGACCACCUUCCGAAAGGCAGUUAUAAAUUCAGAUCAGCUAAAGGAAUUUGGAUUGAGAAAAGCAUUGAGUCUUUAGUCUCAGGCUUGGGUGUUCCAAAUUUAAUCAUCGAUGAAGCGAAACCUGGGCUAGAUGUAAUGAACCCAUACUCCACUUGCGGUGCUUACCAAAAAAAUGUUAAAAGUAAUCCAGCCGUUUAUGUAGAGUCUGCGAAAUACUUGAAAAAUUCCGAAUAUCUAGCGACAAAAGAUAGGAUACAACGCAGAAGCGGUAUAGAAUAUAGCCUUACUGAUGAAAACGUAACGGCGUUGUACGACUUGUGUCGUUACACCUGGUCUGCGGUUGACCGCAAAAGUAGUCCCUGGUGUGCCCUCUUCACCAAGGACGAUCUGGAAGUUCUCGAGUAUGAACAAGAUUUAAGGCAUUAUUACAGAAACAGUUACGGUACAGCCGUGAACGAAGUUUUCGGCAAAGUCCCAUUAGGAGACCUGUUCACAAACUUCGAAAGUGUCACGAAAGGCGGGGGAAAUAAAAUUGUCGCUUACGUAACUCAUUCGACGAUGUUGGAUCAAAUGUACACGGCUUUGGGGCUUUUCAAAGAUAGCAAUCCAUUAACCGGUGCAAAUCGGGAUCGGGAUCGGAAAUGGAGGACUAGCAAGAUAUCUGUGUUCUCUGCCAAUCUUGUAGCCGUUCUAAACAGAUGCGUUAAAGAGGGCUCGAGCGAGUAUAAUGUGGUGUUCUACUUAAACGAGGAGCCAAUCAGAUCGAUAUGUGAGGAGGGUGUUUGCUCGUGGGAAGACUUCGACGCGAAAUUACGUCCAACUGUUAACACAACCAUUGACUUUUGCGAAUUCACUUCGAAGCAUUAUUAAGAAACAACUAAGCAGUACAAUUUUGAAUACAAGGGGUUAAUUAAGUCCGUAGUAGAAAAUAAAGUCUAUAUCUAUACUAUAUACUCUAUACUAAUAUGAAUAAUGAAGAGUUUGUUUGUUUGAUUGAACGCGCUAAUCUCUGAAACUACUGGUCCGAUUUGAAAAAUUCUUUCAGUGUUAGAUAGCCCAUUUAUCGAGAAAGGCUACAGGCUAUAUAUUAUCCCCAUACUCCUACGGGAACAGGAACCACGCGGUUGAAACCGCGUGGCGUCAGUUAGUGUUGUAUAAAUUAUCAUAUUUUGUAUUUAUCAUAAUUAUUUUUCUCAGUGUUUUUAGAUAGCAUGGGUACGGUGACAGUUGCAUGUAUGACGUAUUAUCGUGAAUCUCGGCAAACUUUCAAGAGUGAAACGAACUGUCACCCGCACCAUCCUACAUGAAACGAACUUUAUCAGAAAUUAUGUUGAAAAUUGACAUAUUUCAUAGUGUUUUUUUACUAGUACUUAAUGUUUUAAUAUUGUAUAGAAA